GAAAUGGAGUAGCAUUUCUUCCUGGAAGAGAACCUUCAAUUUUGAUCAUUUUGAUUUGACAUGUCAUAAAUGUUUUCGCUAUUACGUCCUUUUAUGCGCCCUCAACUUUAGUAAUUAUUCGCUGAUUUUUUGAAUAUAAAAAACGCAAAUAUACUUUCACAAUACUUAAUAGACUCUAGUUGUUCGGUGGUAGUGUAUUUUAGACAGUGGAAGUGUAGGUUACAAUUUGUAAGCAGUGACAAUGGAUCUAUCAAAAGUUCCAAAUGACAAAAAAUUAUAUCUCUGUAAAUGGUAUUUUAGAGCGGGGUUUCUACUGUUGCCAUUUCUUUGGGCUGUGAAUGCUGUUUGGUUUGCAAAAGAAGCUUUUCUUGAACCACAGUAUGAGGAACAAAAACAAAUUAAAAGAUGUAAAUUGCAAACACUUAUUAAAAUAGACUUAUUUUCCUAGCUAUUAGAA